AUGUCAGAUUCCAAAAACAACACCUUCUUCUACUUAACAGGCCUUCCAGGUCUUGAGACUGUGUACACCUGGCUUUGCUUCCCCCUGUGUGCAAUGUAUAUGGUAUCCCUGACAGGGAACAGCUUGAUCCUGUGGGUGGUGAAGUCAGAGCCUUCUCUGCACCAGCCAAUGUACUACUUUCUAUCCAUGUUGGCAGUGACUGACUUGGGCCUUUCUGCCUCCACGAUGCCCACCAUGCUUGCUAUCUAUAUGUUAAGUCUCAAGGAGGUAGCAGUGGAUGUGUGCCUGACACAGCUCUUCUUCAUCCAUACAUUUUCCAUCAUGGAGUCCUCUGUGCUGUUGACUAUGGCCUUUGACCGUUUUGUGGCCAUCAGCAACCCUCUACGCUAUGGCACCAUUCUCACAAACACCCGAAUUGCCAGCUUGGGUCUGGCCAUUGUGGUGCGCAGUAUAGGCCUGCACAUCCCAGCCCCCAUAAUGCUGAAGAAGUUGCCUUACUGCCGGAAUCUCCUGCUUUCCCAUUCCUACUGCCUGCACCCAGACGUCAUGAAGCUGGCCUGUGUGGACACUCGCAUCAACAGUGUAUAUGGCCUCUUUGUUGUGCUCUCCACACUGGGGGUGGAUUCAAUGCUCAUUGUUCUCUCUUAUGUGCUAAUACUCCAGACUGUUCUGACCAUUGCCUCUAAGGCUGAGCGCCUCAAAGCCCUGAACACAUGUGUCUCCCACAUCUGUGCUGUACUGCUCUUCUACACACCUAUGAUUGGCCUGUCCAUGAUUCACAGAUUUGGGAAGCAGGCUUCCCCAUACAGCCACAUGCUGCUCUCCUAUCUUCAUUUUCUCAUACCUCCGGUACUCAAUCCAGUGGUUUAUACCAUCAAGAUGAAGCAGAUCCGACAAAGGAUGCUGCGCCUCUUAAGGGUGGGUGGGGGCGGCAUCAGAGACACUCAGAGUCAUUAA